AUUUAUACUUACUAGUUUGAUCAAAUUUUUGGAUCAAAAUUGGCCUGAUCAAAUUUGGUGAAUGCAAUCAGGAAUAAAAUAUAAAAAAAAUGACUCAUAUUCCAACCGAGUUUCAGUUUCAAUUCUAAAGGGAGAAUGUUCUGUGCAAGUGUCAGUCAUAUGUCAUAUGUUAGAAGUUAGAGUUGUCAAAAUUUCAAUAACAAAGUGAUGGUUAGUAUUUUAUAGUGUAUUUUAUUUACAAAAUGUGAUUGCUGUUCAAGUUUCGGGGAUAUUCGUGUUUUUACAGGUUGUUAAUUAAUUGGUUAAAAAUUCGCUACGUCAUGCCGACCGCUCGGCUAAUUCUACGUGAGGAAGAUGUGGUGCGACUUACAUCGGAAUUUCUACACAACCGGGAACUGCACAUCACGCAGUUGAGUUUGGAGAGAGAGACUGGAGUAAUUAAUGGAAACUAUGGGGAUGAUGUCUUAUUUCUGCGGCAGUUGAUAUUGGAUGGUCAGUGGGAUGACGUAUUGGAGUUCAUCCAACCUCUAGAAACUCUUAAGACAUUUGAUAUGCGCCGAUUUACCUACACAAUUUUGAAACACAAGUAUAUCGAGCUGCUGUGUAUCAAAUCGGAGGCAAACGUGCAGGGAUCAAGUGUGGAUAAUGCUGUUGAAGAGGUCGUCCACGUUUUGAGCAGUUUAGAGAAAUUUUGCCCUACCAAAGAAGAAUACUCUAAUUUGUGUUUGCUGUUGACAUUACCAAGGCUGACUGAUCAUCUUCAAUACAAAGACUGGAACCCAUCCAAUGCACGAGUACAAUGUUUCCGGGAUAUUUUCCCACUAGUCGUAGAAUUUCUACCAGGUGAGAAAAAAACGCCGGACUCCGCAGCGUGUUCCCGAAACGAUCGACUGCUUCAAUUAGUGAUAAAAGGUAUUUUGUAUGAAUCAUGUGUGAAUUACUGCCAAGCCAAAGCCACCGGUUCCACCGACUCACAAGUUCAAGGAAUGACUUUUUCUCGACUGUUAGAUGGUACAGUAGGUUUUAGUGACAGCGAUCUUUCGUUGCUCUCCUGGUUGCAAAGUGUUCCACCUGAAACGUUUUCAGUGCCCUUUGAACAAAAAACACUGAACGUAGAUGUUGAACGAUUGGAGCGACCGUCGCUGGAGACUUCUUGGACAGAACACAUGCUUGUGACUCCGAUCAAGCCGAAAACAUUUCCACAUUCUGCCAUGCCAUUCACUCGACCGAAAUCGGCGGCCGAUAUAAUGACAAGAUCUCUAAUGCCAGUGAUGGAUGGAUUAUCACAUAGCGCAGCUGUACACAACGGAAAUUAUCGACCCAUGACGAUGAGCACCGGAGACAUGAUGUCCAGAAGCAGUUUUGCCAGUUUUCACCUAACUGGUAUAAAAAACAACAAAUUAAUGAAUUCUUCGGUGGAUCGACUUUUUGAAAACGAUGGCGAUGUAUUUUUGUCUAAUAGCUACGCAGAAUUUCAACAAUUGCCAUGCAUACAGGAACAAUCGAGCACGCCGAAGCCGGUCGCGAAGAGUCCCGACCGGAAGUUAUCGAAUGCGUCAACACCUGAGCACCGAGGUAGAGAAAGUCCGGCGUCCGCAGGAACUGCUCGAUCUUCCAGGAGGGAUUCAUUGAAUGAAAGGUCUAUCGCAAUGGCGCUCCAUCAAAAUUUAACGUUAACCGCUCCGACGACAAUGGCUAUGACUCCGCCUAUUGUGGAACCCGUGGUUGGAGCCUGCGCCAAUCUUGAUGAGAGUUUUUCUGGCGAACUUGUUAAAGAGUUUCAAAAGGCGAAACUGAAGUUGCAAGAGGCAAUGGUACUGCGGGAACAGAAACGCGAUGAAAUGAUUCGACAACUGCAUAUUGAAACCAUAAGCAACAAGACGAAAAAUGCGGCUUCUCCACACCCCGGAGUGAAUGGGAAUGGCGAGUGCAGGGAUCCAUCUUUCGAAGAGCCACAAAUUCGGGGAAGAACACCAAACUUACCAACCUAUGGUUCUUUUUAAGAGAACCAAACAUCACAAAGGAUCCAUCUACUGUUUGGCUUGGUCGCCAGAGGGCGAUUUGAUGGCCACCGGUUCCAACGACAAGACUGUCAAGCUGAUGCGUUUUAAUGUGGACACUUCGAAUCUCGAAGGCGAAGAGGUUGAACUAUCCAUGCACGACGGAACAGUCCGUGAUCUGUGCUUCUUGGAAGAUACGACAAAUAAAUCAAGUUUGCUGAUCAGUGGUGGAGCAGGUGAUUGUAAAAUUUACGUGACUGACUGUGCUACUGGAACGCCCUUUCAAGCACUUAGUGGACAUACAGGCCAUAUUCUCGCCUUAUACACCUGGGGUGGUGCAAUGUUUGUUAGCGGCUCUCAUGAUAAGACUGUUCGCUUUUGGGACCUGCGUACUCGGGGCUGUGUCAACAUGGUCACUCCCAUAACUCAAGUGGGCGGAGUGAGCGGACGUCAUGGCUGUCCCGUUGCUAGCUUGUGUGUGGAUCCGAGCGGGCGGCUUCUUGUGAGUGGACAUGAAGACGCGACUUGUGCUCUAUACGACAUCCGGGGAGGACGAAAUGUGCAGUGCUUUAGACCACACUCCCAGGACGUGCGCAGUGUCCGCUUUUCCCCAUCUGCAUACUAUUUGCUGAGUGGCGGAUAUGACAAUAAGCUGGUGCUGACCGACUUGCAAGGUGACUUGACCCUACCGCUUCCAAGUGUUGUUGUGGCACAACAUUCAGACAAAGUGAUAUCUGGGAGAUGGCAUCCAAGCGAGUUUUCGUUUUUGUCAACUUCAGCUGACAAAACAUCAACUCUGUGGGCUUUACCGCCAGUCUGAGGCUUGCAAUCUACAUAGAGAUGUCUUACGCAAAUUGGGCUCUCGUUUGUUUUUUUUUGUGGACUUCAUUAACGGGAUCUUGGUUUUAAUCUGUAAAAAAUGUAUGUUUUUAACAUUUGUCUGAUCACAAUUUUUCAGCACUGCAACUGCUAAAUUGAAAUUUUGCAACUUUUUAAAAAUUAGCUUUAGAAUCUCAGAAAUAGUACUUUGACGGAAGUUCUCUCUUCGAAAUAAUUUUCUUUCAACUAGAAUAUUGUCACAAAAAAAUUAUAAAUGAUUUACAAAGUUGUUUUGUGUCAAGUUCUGCAGUUAGAUUUAAUUGUAAACCUUUACAAAAAGCCAAAAAAUCUUCAAUCUGAGGGUGUAAAUAUAAAUUUAACGUUUUUUUUUCUAAAAAAUCGACCGUUUUCUUACAUCUUUGUGAGAUUUGGGAUUAUUGUCUUAAAAUUUGAAAACCUGCAUGCCAAAUUUUUACAAAACGUGGAACCAUAGGGUCUGAGUCAUUAAUUAUUCUUCAAAUCGGGGUUUAUACUCUUAGGCUCUUCUACGAUUAUGGUUUUAGUUCGAACCCAAUGCGAAUAUUCAAGAAAUAUAUCUAAAUUAUUAACAAUUUACUAGAACAAUUUGAACGUUGCUUUUAAUGUUAUUUAUUUAUAGCAUGAACAAAUGUAAAUAAACACUUAAUCUUAUAAUAAUAAUAGUAUAUGAUCGGAAGUAAUUUCACUAAUUUGACCUGGUAACAAACAGAUACAUAUUCAAAUCUGGGAGAAGAGAUCAAUACAAAUGUUUUAUUUAUUUCAUUGAGAUUUUGUUAAAGCAAAUUUCACAUUGGUUUAAAAAAGUAAAACAAUGAAAUCCGAUCUUGGUCCACUCGACUCAUUUUUAUUUGUAGAAGAUUUUAGUUUAUUUAAUUUUAGCUGGUAAGUGUUUGCAUUAAUUAUAUGUGUUAUUCAAAUAAAUGACUAAUGGAAA